AUGCCCACCAUCUCAGUAGACAAAGCCGAACUUUUCGAACGGCUCGGACAUCACUAUACCACGGAGGAAUUCGAUAGUUUGUGCUUUGACUAUGGACUGGAAUUAGACGAAGACCAAUUAAAAAUCGAAGUACCCGCAAACAGAUACGAUCUGGUCUGUCUAGAAGGUAUCUCCCGCGCCUUACGCGCUUUUCUAGGAAAACAAGAUCCGCCGCAGUAUACACUCGCAUAUCCCCCAGGCGGUGAGAAAGAUCUCAUCACCGUGACUGUCUCCCAAGAGACCCAACGCAUCCGUCCUUUCUUCGCAUGUGCAGUGCUUCGCAACAUCAAAUUUACGCCCAUGAGUUACGCGUCCUUCAUUGACCUCCAAGACAAACUACACCAAAACAUCGGGCGCAGGCGAAGCCUCGUUGCCAUCGGAACACAUGACCUCGACACCCUCACCCCUCCGUUUCGAUACGAAGCUCGUACACCCACUAACAUCGCUUUCGCGCCUCUCGGCAGGGAAACAGCGCACACCGCUGCAGAGCUCAUGCAGAUUUACGAGUCGGACAAACACCUCUCCCGGUACUUGCACAUCAUCCGAGAUUCUGAUGUCUACCCAAUCAUUUAUGAUGCAAAAGACCACGUGUUGAGUAUGCCCCCCAUCAUCAAUUCGGAGCACAGUAAGAUCACGCUGGAGACUAAGAAUGUGUUCAUUGAUACAACUGCCACGGAUGAUACGAAGUUGCAGAUCGUGAUUAAUAUGGUGGCGAGUAUGUUUUCGGAGUAUUGUGCCGAGCCUUUCACGAUCGAGCCUUGCAAGAUCGUCUUUCCUGACGGUUCGACGCGCAUAUCUCCUGAUAUCACACCACGUACAGUGACUGCACGUGCCUCGUAUAUCAACUCCUGCACCUCUCUUUCCCUAACGCCCUCCACAAUUCAGUCCCUUUUAACGCGCAUGACCCUCUCACCCACCCUCUCAUCCGAUGACCCCGACGCUCUAAUUGUCUCACUUCCAUGCACGCGUCCGGACAUCUUCCACGAGGUCGACAUAAUGGAAGACGCAGCAGUCGCGUACGGGUUCAACAACCUCCCAGAUAUCUUCCCCCAGACCAGCACAGUCGCACAGCCUUUACCGAUCAGCAAGCUCGCGGAUGUCAUCCGGAGGGAAUGGGCGAUGGCAGGAUGGGUUGAAGCUGCUCACACUGAAGAAAACUUUUCUUUCAUGAACCGCCCCGACCCCGGUUCCCUAGCAGUAAAAAUUGCCAAUCCAAAAACCCUCGAAUUCCAAGUAGUCCGCACAUCCCUCUUGCCAGGGCUCCUUAAAACCAUUCGCGAGAACCGCUCACACGCACUCCCAGUCCGUGUUUUCGAGCUCAGCGAUGUUGUGUUCAAAGAUACAUCCCGGGAGAGACAAGCACGAAAUGAGAGACAUGCGGGUGCGGUGUGGUGUUCGAGGAGUGCGGGGUUUGAGGUCGUGCAUGGGUUGUUGGAUAGGGCUAUGAAGAUGUUGGAAGUUCCGAGGGUUGGGAGGGAUCCUGCGUACUUCCCUGGACGCGCAGCGACUAUUUAUUACCGCCCGCCACCCUCAAAGACCUCAAAAACAGACCGAGACAUCGUGAUCGGCACGCUGGGCGUGUUGCACCCCACCGUACUCGAAAAGUUCGAGAUCACAUACCCUUGCUCAGCCCUAGAAUUCAACAUGGAAGUGUUCCUGAAGCGGUCAUAG